UGGCCCCGUGACAUUGUCUUUCUGGAAAUGCCGGUGGAGCUCGCACAUGCUCUGCAUGCUUUUAUUCGCUAAAUAGUUUAAAACCUGGCUGACUUGAUCGUACUAGGUGUUUCCACCUUUAAACAGAGAGUGUCUGUCCGAAACGAAACCAGCUGGCAUAUAUGACAAACAGGGAGCAGACACAGACAACAGCAUGAGUAUGACCAGGUGUCUUAUUGCCCAGGCGGAGGUGCAGGCGUUCAUCGAGCGGUGCAUGCUGAGCGUGGGCACCAGACCCAGCCAUGCCCGCAGCCUGGCAGAGGUGCUGGUGGAGGGAGACCGGAGAGGGCACUACAGCCACGGCCUCAACCGGAUGGAUGUGUACGUUAAGGAAGUCAAAGCGGGCAUCUGCGCCAAGGACGGCGAGCCGGUCAUCGAAAGGGAGACGGCGGCCACCGGUCUGGUGGACGGGAGGAACCUGCUGGGUCCGGUGGUAGGAAACUUCUGUAUGAGCCUGGCCCUGCAGAAGGCCCGGGACGUGGGCAUCGGCUGGGUGGUGGCACAAGGCUCCAAUCACUACGGCAUCGCUGGUCACUACGCCAUGCAGGCCGUGAAAGAGAACAUGAUCGGCAUGUCCUAUACAAACACUUCUCCACUGGUGGUCCCUACCAGAGCUAAAGAGUGCACUCUUGGGACCAACCCCAUCAGCGUAGCGGCUCCAGCUAAACACGGAGACAGCUUUGUGCUGGACAUGGCGACGUCUGCAGUGGCGCUGGGAAAGGUGGAGCUCCACCACAGGAACGGUACCUCCAUCCCAGAGGGCUGGGGCUGUGACUCAGAGGGCAAGCUGAGCACUGACCCUAGCAAGGUGCUGGAUGGAGGCGGCCUGGUGCCCAUUGGAGGGAGUGAGACCACAGGAGGAUACAAGGGCUUUGGCUUGGGCCUGAUGGUGGAGGUGUUCUGUGGAAUGCUGGCAGGGUCUGACUACAGCCGCCACAUUCGGACGUGGAGGGUGACGGAUCGGGCUGCUAAUCUGGGUCAGUGUUUUGUAGUGAUAAACCCAGAGAACUUUGCUCCAGGUUUCAACGACAGAAUGUCAGACCUGCUGUCUUUACACAGACAUUUGGAGCCUGCCGAGGCUGAGCUGCCGGUUGUUGCGCCCGGAGAUCCAGAGAGAAUUCAUAUUGAAAAAUGUAAUUCUCUCGGUGGCAUACCUUACCAUCUCAGUGUGGUCAACUACAUGAAUACUUUCGCCGAAAGCAUAGGGGUCAGUCCCCUGCUCUCAGUGGACAAGGUGAUUGAAUAACAACUGAUUGGCUGGAGUGUUAGCUCAAGUCCUGCACUUUGCACGAUGAGGCUUGAAAAAGGUGACCUGUCCUCAUCAAGGAGAAGCCAAAGGUGGGCUCAGUUAUGUGCUGUAGAAGAAUGUCCUCACCCUCUUUCCUCAGGAUGACCAUCUUUAAAGAGAGUUAUAAAGACUUAUGAUAUGGGAAACUGUAGGAUGCAGUAUAUGCACAUAUGAAUUUAUGGACAAACGGGUAGUUUCAGUGUUUUUAAUCUUAGCUCAGAUAUGCUAAUUUGAAAUAAUCUUUUACACUGGAGCCACAGGGUAUUUUAAGGAUUUGAAGAUAGAAAUGAUUUUAUAUGUAAUAAAAAUUAAAAUAUAUGAUUUAUUCAUAUGCAAUAUCACACAUUAUUGGUGCUACACCACAGUAGGUGACACUGUGGUAAUUUAUUUUAGGGCAUUCAGUUCGCUUCAGAUCUCAGGACAAAAAUGUAUCUGUAAAACAUUCAACGAUGAAAUAAAACAUUUUAAGAUUUCCUUAAAA